AUGAUCUUCCAAGUCUCGACUGGCCUUCUACCAGCAGAAGACGAUCCUAUAAUCGGCUUCCAAAAGAAAGAUCUGAUCGGCCUCGACAUGCCACAUAAUGAUGCCCUUGUUGUCAGCAUUCAAAUCGCGCAGGCCAUGGUCGACCGAAUCCAUGCAGACGAGGGCAGCGCAGCCAAUAUCCUACAGCUGGCGGUCAUCCAGCAGAUGGGCUUGGAGGCAAAAAUCAACAAAUCAGCCAGAUCACUGACCGGCUUUAAUGGUGCAACAACGGUUACCGUGGGCACGAUAGACCUCGACGUCUAUUCUUCACCUGUAGUCUGCCUGCAAACAUUCAUGGUCAUUGAUGAGAAUAGGUCAGAGAUUAUAAGGAUUGGUUUUGAUUUGAACCACCAAAAUCACAAGCCACCGGAGGGGUUUGGACCCUAUUAUUUUAUUCCAGAUCCUUAUACUUUCCCAGGUGGGAAUAAAAGUUCUAUGAGCACUGAUGUUAUUAUUGGGAUAUCAGUUAGUUGUGUGGCUCUUGUACUGGGCCUCGUGGUAGUGGGAAUAUGUGCCAUUAGGCAAAAGAAACGUGCAGAAAGAGCCAUUGGAUUAAGCCGACCUUUUGCUUCUUGGGCACCAAGCGGAAAAGAUAGUGGUGGUGCACCACAGUUAAAGGGAGCAAGAUGUUUUUCUUUUGAUGAGCUUAAGAAAUGCACAAAUAAUUUCUCUGACAGUAAUGAGAUAGGAUCUGGUGGAUACGGGAAGGUUUACAGGGGCAUGCUUUCUGAUGGACAAAUGGUGGCAAUCAAAAGAGCUCAGCAAGGAUCAAUGCAGGGUGGCCUUGAGUUCAAGACUGAAAUCGAGUUGCUCUCGCGAGUUCAUCACAAAAAUGUUGUUGGCCUUUUGGGAUUUUGUUUUGAACAAGGAGAACAGAUGCUGGUCUAUGAGUUUAUGCCUAAUGGAACACUCAGGGAAAGCUUGUCAGGGAGAUCUGGUAUUCAUCUUGAUUGGAAGAGGAGACUCCGCAUCACUCUUGGCUCGGCAAGAGGACUAGCUUACCUACAUGAGCUUGCAAAUCCUCCUAUAAUUCACAGAGAUGUGAAGUCCGCCAACAUUCUAUUAGAUGAACAUUUAACCGCGAAGGUUGCAGAUUUCGGCUUGUCCAAGCUGGUAGCUGACAGUGGAAAAGGGCAUGUCUCAAGUCAGGUCAAAGGCACACCGGGAUAUCUUGAUCCUGAAUACUACACGACUCAUCAGUUAACUGAGAAGAGUGAUGUAUACAGCUUUGGAGUGGUGAUGCUUGAAUUGAUAACGGCUAGGCAGCCUAUUGAGAAGGGAAAAUACAUCAUCUGCGAGGUACAAUUGAUGAUGGACAAGAAUGAUGAAGAACACUAUGGUUUGAGGGAGUUAAUGGAUCGAAGCAUUCAAAACUCUGGAACUCUUACUGGGUUUGGGAGGUUCCUGGAGCUGGCCCUGCAAUGCGUUGAAGAAUCAGCUGCAGACCGCCCCACAAUGAGUGAGCUUGUGAAGGCUAUUGAAACCAUUCUGCAGAAUGAUGGCAUGAACACAAACUCAACAUCAGCAUCUUCAUCAGCCACAGAAUUUGCCGCAUCUAAAGGAGCUCCUAAGAAGAAUCCGUACAACGAUGGCUUGCCGAAAGAGGAAGUGAAUGACAGCAGUGGUGCCUUUGAUUACAGUGGUGGAUACGCAGUUUCGGCGAAGAUUGAACCCAUGUAGUAGCAAAGGCCUGCAGCAGAGUUAAUUUCUUCUUUUAUAAUUGUACCUUCUCUUCUCUAUCCGUAUAUGUAAGUAGAUACAGGAAAAGAAUAUAUAGUGGUCUUUCAUUUCAAUUGCCAAAUAGAAAUUUAGUGUGUUAUGUUACAAUGUUCCUAGGGGCCUCAAACUCGAAUGCUACAAAGUUUAUUUUAAAUUUUAAUUUUAUUUUACGGAUUGGAU